UUCGCUCGCACAGACACAAAUAAGUACAGACACAAAUAAGUACAGACACAAAUCCACACACACACACACAGAUCACGAUGUCGGCAAUGAGAAUGACCGUGCCCUCUCGGCCCCCUCGGUCACCGAAGCGCCAAGAGGGCCGCGCCCCCCCACCGAAGUCACCCGGCCGCUCACAUCUAUUGUGUCAAUGAGCGUCCCAGGGGCGCCGUUGCUGGUGUCAAACACCAUCACCGCGCCCUUCCGCGCGAACAGGACGGUGUCUGGUGAGGCCACGGCUACACUCACCGCUCCCCCACCACCGCCUGUGCCGACGGGGCGGACCUCCACGUCGGCCGCUCUCUUGCCAACGACAAGGGGGGUGACAUCAGUGACGGUCAUCGAGCCGUGAGCAGUGUACAUGAGCACUGCGCCGUUUCUCCGCUGCACAGCCGUCACGAGCGCGAAGUUGGCUGGCCCCACGGCGUUUUCAAACCCCGAGCCGGGAAUCCGGAUGUCAUCGAUGGCUCGCACGCCAUCCUCAUCGAUGGCCAGCACGAGGAUGCCAAAUCGACUGGUGCCCGGACUCUCGAAAUCGGUGGACAUGAGGGCUACGUCUCUGCUGGCCAUCGUGACGUCGGGGAAGCCAAUCACGCCUGCGACUUGCUCGUUCAGCACGAUGUUGUCGCCGAUCCGCGCGCUGGAAGUGUCGUACUUCCAGGCGGAGAGCCCGCCGGUGCCGCCGCUCACCACCAGCGUCCCGCCCUUUGCGGAAAUGCCCACGAAGGGGAACGCAUUCACGUUGCUGAUGACCGGGCCGGCCUGUGAUAUCGAUGUGAUGUCUGCCGGGUCUUCCAGCAAGAAGGCGACGACCGAUUCUGAGGCGGCGGAGAUGCCAAAAACGGCUUAAGGGCUUUCGGGGUUUUCGGGGUCGACGGGGUCGACGGUGACGUCAUCGAUGGACUCUACUCCAUUGGGGAGAGGGACCGAAAAAGAUUCCUGACACACCCCAACAACACAGACUGUCACCGUGUUUUGAGUCCUUCUCGGGCAUGGAUCUCACGUCGCCCCGUUGAAGCAGCAGCCCAGCGCUUCCGAGUGCUGUCAGCACGAUUCUGCCGCCCUGGACGGCGGGUGUCACGACCACAUUCUGCCCCCAAGCAGCCGGCAGGUGGAGGAGAACCAGCACGCUAAGGCGACGAAGCCAAAGCAUACGGUAGAAUCAAGAUGAUCAGACGCUCUGGUCGCUUUCCGUGUAGCAGGGCGUGAACACAGCAGGCGACCAAGCUGGGAAGAAAGAGCG